AUGCAUGUCCUAAUAUUUUUAGUACCAAUUGUAUUAGCUGAAAACAACUUUAAAAGGUUUAUCGAAGAUGGUUAUGGAAUUGAAGUUUUUGAUUUAACACAUCCAACUCGAUGGAAGGAUAUGGCAACAUUUUAUGGAGCUAUUGAAAAGGGCUGGAAAAUAUGCGUCAACUGCGGAAUUCCUGGAUUAGGCACUGGAUUACACAUGGGACAUGUAGCCGCCACUAAUUCUAUGUUACCGUCAAUUAUUCCUACGGAGUAUUUACUUACCAGACUGGAAAUAGUAGAUAUCAGUUAUUUAACCAAAGUGGACCCAGGGUUGGUUCUCUCGCUAGAUGUCGCUUUACAGUGGCCGGUGUUGAAGCACGAUGCUCGUCAGCCAACGUUGAUACUGUUUAACUUUGGCUGGGCGUUAAGUGACAAGUUUGUGAAGGGCUGCAUUUGUAGGAUACCUGGUCUAAGUUACGAGCUAGCAGAGUAUAUAGCCAGUAAUCUCACGCACGUGGUGGGGGUAGCAACGGACGCACCAACAUUGGAGUCGGAAGAAACACGUGAAAUGACAAAACGUACUGUUGCCAACGCACUUGGAAAAAAUGGCAUUUAUAUUAUAGAAAACGUUAAUCUUAAAAGAAAACUGCCAGAGCGCGGUUGCAUGGCCCUAGCGUUACCUCUAAAACUCCUGCAAGCAAGCUACGUGCCGACUCGGUUGGUCGUAUUCUGUCCCUCUCACAAAACCGAGCGGUACGUCUCUAUCGCACUCAAGAAGACCAGCCACCCGAUACCGAUUGUUAAAAAUGAUAUCGAUUUGAAUGAAAUUUUAGAAACUUUAUGA